AUGUACUGGCCUAUUGGAGCGCCAGACGUCUUCUCCCUACAGAAACAGGCCAUACCUCACGCGAGCCUCACAUGUUCACACGAUGGCCUCGAGGGCGAGGGGGAUGUCGAAGCAGGACACAGUGCUGGCAGCCAGCGCGGGGCAUCUGGAAAUGGCAGGCAGGACCAAGAUAAGGCACGAGGGGCAGCAGCACUGGCAGACGGCGAGAUACUGGAUGCGAAGAUAUCGCGUGGAGGGAGCGUCUUCAUCACCAUCACACGAUCGUCGCUGGUGAUAUGGCAGACCAAGCCUACUGUAGCCUUGGCUGGCGUGGUACGAUCUGGCCCAUCGAUCAAGUCGUACGGACCGAACGUGGCGCUUCUCCUUCGCCCCGACGCCCUGAUCAUUGUGGUCCAGACAGCACUCGGCUACUUGAUUACCUACUCGCUCGCCACCGACCCUGCUGCCCGUGUGUACCAGACCGUACUUCCGGACUCCACGAAACACCAGCGACGCACGAGCACAGAUGGCUAUACCAACUUCCGAAGAGCGAGUGCAGCACCCUCUGGCCUGGGCCCUGCCGAGAAUGACGGCAUGCGGGAAGUGAAUGUCCGCUUCCGCAUGGUGAUGCGCAUCGACGCAGGCAUCAGUCGAGCGCUUGCAUUAGAAGACGAGCUCAUUGUGGCCACACAAAAGCCAGCGGCGUUGCAAUGCAUCAGGUGGGUCGCCGAGAACGGUGUCUCGCAAACAAGCACCGAACUUGUGAGUCGGAUGCAGUGGGUUGGCAAGAAAGUGAUCGUCAUCGAAAUGCUGCACGAUAGGCCCAUGAAUCUGGCUACGUGGAUCACCAGUGACGGACGAGCUUACGCUGUACAGCGUCGAAAAAGCAGAUCAUCUGAAAUCGACGACCCAAAAAGCCUCUUUCAGGGAUUCUGCUUUCGAGAGCCUGAGACGGACGAUGUUGCGGCCACCAAAACCGCAAUCAAUGCUCGCUUCUCACUAAUAGCUGUGGGGUGCACGAAUGGCAGCAUAGACAUAUACACUGUCAAAGACUAUACUGGCAACAUACCGCUCUCACACAAGGUUCGUCUGCCGGUGGGUCUUGCGACGACUGGCCCUCUCACGAGUCUGGCGUAUUCUCCCGAUGGCUACUGUCUGUUCGCCGCCUAUGAGCAUGGCUGGGCUCUAUGGACUGUGUAUGGCAAGCCCUGCGCGAACACCUUCGGAGCCGAUCGUCCGCAGACAGAGAGCAACGACGAAAAGUGGCUUCUUGGCAUCAGGAAUGCAUUCUGGGUUGGCGGUGGCUCGGAAUUGGCACUCUUGCCCAUUGGAGACAACAGACUGUGGCUAAUUGACAUCGCGCGCAAUGCCGUCACAGGGUGCUUCUCAUCUGCGAACGUCUCGCGGGGCUUGCUGCAAUCCAGCGACAGCGUCAUGCUCUACAAGGGUCAUGAAGUAGCCGAUACAACGUCCUUGCCCUUAGAGUCCUCACUGUGGCAGAGUGUACAGAUUCCCAACCAUUAUCUUAUGAGCCAAUGGCCAAUCAAGUUAGCCGUCUUGUCACCCGAUGGCAAAUAUGUCGCAGUGGCUGGCAGAAGAGGUCUCGCUCAUUAUAGUGUCGCAAGCGGACGCUGGAGAACAUUUGAAGAUCCACAAGCCGAGCAAGAAUUCGCUGUACGAGGCGGCAUGUGCUGGUACCAGCACAUAUUAAUCGCCGCUGUGGAAGUAGGCAACCGUCACGAACUCCGCGUCUACUCUCGCGAUAAAGCUUUGGAGUACCCUCAGGUCCAGCACGUAGAGGCCCUUUCUGCACCAGCAAUCUCAACUACGGUAUCAGGAGCUGACUCUUUACUGGUAUACACAUACGAGAACACGUUGCUGCACUACGUGAUCGUGAUAGGAAGCUCGUCCGCAAGGCUGGUUCAGGUCGGUCAGAUUGGCUUUCAUGGAAUCAUCAGAGCUCCUCCACGAGUCCGUGCUAUCAGUUGGAUCCUGCCUGAAGAUCAGCUUGAGCACGGUGACCCUUCUCAAGAUGUCGCCACAGCUUCGGUGCUUUUCCUGGUUGACGGCAAGCUGGUCCUGCUCCAACCGUCGACCAACGAGCUCGGGGAGCUGAAGUAUGACAUGCGGGUCAUAGCUCACAAUGUGGAAUACUACAUGCUACUGCGCGAUUCGCCAACUGCUACAGCUGCGCUGAAAGGAUCUCAAGCGACAAGUGUCACACCUCCCAUCGAUGGUCUGUCACUCAAUGGUCAUCUCGGACACAGCCUACGUGACUCCCUGUGGUACUUUGACGGGACUGGCUUUCAUGUCUGGUCCGAUGUGCAAGAUGUGUUGGCUUGUGCCCCAAACGAGUUGGGGCGAGAUCUACCAUCUGCUGUCACUAUACCGCUUGAUUUCUCUCCAGUAUCUGCUCUGGUCGGCAGUGGCACUGUCGCCGGCAUCGAGUCCGACCUCGUGCAGAGGCGGGAUGUCAACUUCAGCUUUUUCCGCCACGCGCCCAGAUCGCAGCUCUUUCUGCCUCAGCUACUUCGCUAUCACCUGACGGAGUUCAACUCUCCGGCGGCCUUGCAUUUGUCAAGCUCGUAUCAACACCUUCCAUACUUCUCACAUGCGCUUGAGGUACUGCUGCACGAUGUCUUAGAUAUGGAGGUCGACAAUCGGCCAUCGCCGCCAGAGACUGCACUACUACCGACAGUACUGUCGUUCCUCUCUUCCUUCGACUCAUACCUGGAUGUCGUAGUCAAUUGCACUCGCAAAACGGAGCUCCGCAGCUGGGAGACGCUGUUCUCAUACCUGCCACCUGUCAUAGAGCUCUUCGAACAGGCCCUAGGCCAAGGCAGGCUCAAUACUGCGGCAGGCUAUCUGCUUGUUCUUCACGCCUUCGAGCAGGAUUCGUUUCAAAUCCACGAAUUUGCUCAGCUACUGCGACGUGCAGCCAAUGAACAAGACUGGGAUCUUUGCAAGGAAUUGGCGCGUUUCCUCGUAGGCAUCGAUGCUUCAGGUCACACUUUGCAGUCGGCAUUGACCGAAGCCGGACUGAUGGACAGACAGAAUGGACCGUUUGCCAGUGUCAACGGUGCGCUCGAAGGCAGCAAAACGAGCUUCACGCUCACUUCUCAGAAAGCCAGCGACGUUGCUGCUACCAGCGGUCGAGUCGACAUGUCCCAUACCAAUGGAUCUUCGUCGCAUGCUAUGCCUGACUACUUCUCUAUCGGUGGUAGGAACAGUAUAGCUGUGAAUCUCGAAGCAGAAGCUACAACGCCGGAGUCAUGA